AUGUUGGUGGCACCUGGUUUGAUAACCGCUAGCCCGGGGCUGCUUGCAAUGUCUCGAGCCAUGCGUACCAGUACACCUUUGCCCCGAAUCCGAACUGGAGUCAUCAUUUCGCGCCGGCAGGAAAUUGGAGAGUAUUUCAAGAGCGUUGCAGCCGACUUCGAUCUGUAUAACCGGAUGCAGUUCAAUGCACAGGUGACGUCGGCAAUCUGGGAUAAGACGCAAGGAACGUGGUCGCUGGAUGUGUUUGACUCCACAAAUGGGACGCACUAUACAGUAAAGGGGGACAUAUUCGUGAACGCAGGUGGCAUCCUAAACGCCUGGAAAUGGCCAGAGAUUCCCGGCCUCGACACUUUCCAGGGGCCUUGCCUCCACACAGAUUCAUGGGACCCUUCUGUUGAUCUCGAAGGCAAGCGGAUAGGGGUCAUUGGCACCGGCGCAACUGGCGUCCAAGUCGUGCCACAACUCCAGAAGGUUGGGAGAUCAGUGACUCUUUUCAUGCGAACCCCAAGCUAUAUUCUCCCCAACGUGGGCUUUGGGAUCGAGGCAUCGACCUUUAACGAAGAAUGCGACGAAGCACGGAAACAGAGUUUCCGAGACGACCCCGUCGCGUAUAAACAAUUCCGAAAGACAAUUGAGCAGCAGAUGAACGGGAAUUUUAGUGCCAGUGUUAAGGGCUCCGCUGCUCAGAAAGCGGCUCGUAACUGGGCAGAGAAGGCAAUGCGGGGAGUAAUUGCCUCGAAGGAUCUACAAGAUAAGCUCGUCCCUGACAGGGAACUCGGCUGUCGCCGUAUAACACCAGGCCUCCCGUACCUAAAGGCCAUUCAGGAGCAAAACGUUAAGAUAGUUCGGUCGCCUAUCAAAUACAUUUCUGAGAAAGGCAUCCACACCAGUGAUGAUAAUCUUCAUCGUUUGGAUGUCCUUGUUUGUGCCACUGAUUUCGACACCUCUUUUCGUCCUUGCUAUCCAAUCAUUGGACGGAACCAGGUCAAUCUACGCGAUCUUUGGAGAGAGCAGACACCGGAGGCUUACAUGGGGUUGACAGUCUCUAGUUUCCCCAACUACUUCAAUGCCAAACAUACGAGUAUCUGGUCGCUGCUCUUCGAAAAUGAGAAGCAUGGCGGCAGUGUUGCGUUCAGCGACUCCUCAACCGUAGGGCGAAUCCCCGUCUCCACGGUGAAGCAAUAUGCCACGACCCUCUCCACUGCCCUGUAUGGUACACACGACGUCAGGGCAGGCGAUAUUGUCUGCAUUUUUUCCGAGAACUCAAUAUGGUACCCCGUUGCAGUGUUUGCAGUCCUUCGACUGGGUGCCAUCGUCUCCCCGGCAUCCCCGGCAUCCCCGGGCUGUACGUCGCAGGAGGCAGCACAUAUCCUCAACACUGUACGGUCUAAAGUGACGACGGUCACCAACACAUCGUUUCAAGCCGUGAAUACCUGUUUGCAAUUGCCCAAGACACCAUGCAUGGCACUGUUGGCGCUGACAGUGAACGAGGGAACAAAGCUUAAUCUACCCAGUGUGCAAGGCCUCUCCACCAUGCUCGCGCCACAGCGGCCAGUUGAUCCCUGGGUCAUAGGCCCUGUACAGUCGAGUCAUGCUCUUCUAUGCUUUACCUCUGGCACAACAUCGCUACCUAAAGCCACGAUGAUAUCGCAUCAGAGCAUCAGUGCGCAGCUUUACCAAGUGAGAGCAUAUACUCGAAGCGACCAUCCUAAGAUCGUCUUGGGAGUUUUGCCACUUUAUCAUAUCACUGGCGUCGUUCACCUACUACAUCUCCCUUUGCUCCUCAACCAAGAAGUCGUCAUCAUGUCUCGAUUCAGUCUAUCCGCAAUGCUCCAAACGGUUAGGACCUUCAAUUUCGAAGAGCUGUGGCUCGUCCUACUAAGACCCCGGGACCUCAAAAGCGUCCGACAAUUCAAUACUGGCGCUGCACCCCUGGGACGCGAUACGAUCCGCAAGCUAGCCGCGCAAUACCCGCACGUCGCCAUUCGACAGGCGUGGGGGAUGACCGAGUCUUGCAGCUGUUUGACCCUUACGCCAAAUGAACAACAGACAUAUGAGAAUGCGCACACGGUGGGAAAGGUAGUUGCGGGGACUAUUCUUAAGGUCGUCAGACCUGGGACGGAUGAGGAGGUUGAUGUGGGGAAGAGUGGCGAGAUUCUUGCCAGGGGUCCGCAGGUGAUGAUGGGGUAUUUUGAUGGCAUACAGGCCACGAACGCUGCACUUGGCCCGGACAGCUUUCUACGCACUGGAGAUAUCGGGUACGUGGACGAUCGCGGCUGGGUACAUAUCGAGGAUCGACUCAAAGAGAUCAUAAAAACCGUCGAAGCCGCCGCUUCGAUCAAAAACAACGAGCAGUGGAUGGAAAACGUGAGCACCCGUGCUGAACUUGCCACUGAAUACGCCUUAUUCGAAAAGAAUCUCUCUUUCCCGCAGACCUUGCGGAUCUAUUGGCGAUCAAUUGCAUGGGUCCUCUAUGGACUCGCCGUCGUCUUCGGCUACGGCAUUGAUGGCGUCGUGGCCUCUAAUCUGAUUUCAAUCCCCGCAUUCCGCGAGCGCUAUGGCAAACCGUUUGACUCAAGUGGAACGGUCAGCUAUAUAAUUUCUGCGACGUGGAUUGCCGUCUUCAACGGGGGUUCGCAGGCAACGGCUGUUCUUGGAGCCUACAUCGUAGGCUACCUUGCAGAGAGGAUCGGACGCAAGAACACCAAUCUGAUUUCGUGUAUUAUCUCGAUGGGUGGCAUUGCUGCUCAGUAUGCGUCCAAUGAAUAUACCGAAAUCCUCCAGGACAUUGGGACUCGAAUCCGUGAAGCUGAGCCGCUGCGUAUAGAUGAUGCUGCAGGGCGCCGUGCCAUGAUUGCCAAGCGGUUCACCAAUAUGAAGCCCCUUUUGUACGACGUCCAAGAUGUGGUCCUGAAAGAGUCCCCUGCAGCCCUCCCCCUCGGACGCCUAAAUGCCAGCAGUACUCUACCUACACGGAGGCGGGAUGACAAUGGGCAGUGCACUGGACUCACGCAUCCUGCUCGCCUGGUACGCCACAACCGCGAAAAUCCAGAUUUUCUCGGUCGAAUACCGUCUGGCGCCGGAACACCCUCACCCGCACCCGUCGAGGAUUGUUAUGCGAGUUUGAAGUGGUUAUACCGCGAAGCUACCACUUUCAACAUCGAUGUCUCUAGAAUUGCGCUCAUGGGCGAAAGCGCCGGUGGCGGACUCGCUGCAGCCGUCGCCCUACUCGCGCGAGACCGUGGGGAGGUAUCACCUCCCCUCGCGAAGCAGAUUCUGAUCCAGCCUAUGCUGGAUGAUCGCAACACAACCCCCGGGCUAUUGAGCACCGACAGGUUUACAUGGACAUAUGAAGAUAAUUUGACGGGAUGGACUGCGCUGCUGGGUUCAACGGUUGGAACAGAAGAUGUGCCAUGCUAUGCUGCGCCUGCUCGAGCAAUGGACCUCAGGGAUCUGCCACCGGCAUACUUAGAGAUUGGGGAACUCGACAUAUUUUAUCCAGAGGCAGCUUCAUUUGCCUCGCGUCUCAGGGCUGCCAGUGUGCAGGUAGAGUUCCGUCUGUACCCCUGUGUUCCGCAUGCUUUCUAUUCUAUCCUGUCGGGCUCAAAAGCGGCGCAUCAAGCGCGAGAUAAUCAGAUAAAUGCCCUACGUUCCAUCUAG